AUGACAUACUGCAAUCCUUUUCUGAUGAUGCAUUCAGCGUUCACCGUUCAGAGUGGUAGCUGUUUUAUAUAUGUGUUCUUCCCGGAGGAGCCAAAGGUUGGUGUUAAGACCAUGGAAACUUAUACAGAGCGCAUGAAAAAAGAAGAUGUCUUCCAAGCAGUCCUGAUUGUACAACAAAAUCUAACUCCCUUUGCUCGUACCUGCAUAAGUGAAAUAUCUACAAAGUUCCACUUGGAGGUUUUCCAGGAGGCAAAGAUGUUGGUAAACAUAAAAAAACAUGUUCUAAUUCCUGAGCACCAGACAUUUACUCUUGAAGAAAAGAAGACCUUGUUGGAAAGAUAUACUGCGAGGUUCGUCUUUCUUCCUCGGAUUCAGAUCACCGACCCAAUUGCUAGAUAUUAUGGGCUAAAACGUGGCCAAGUCGUGAAAAUUAUCAGACCAAGUGAGACUGCAGGGCGUUAUGUUACUUACCGAUAUGUGGUCUGAACUAGUUUUUGAUGUUUUCACCGGUUGACUGGAUAGAACAGUCAAGUAGUGUAGUUAGAUAUUUGCUUAAGCUUUACCCCCUCAAAAGAGGUGAUUUAGAGUCUCGAGUUUUCUCUACCCCAUCUAACCAUGUAAAAACAGGGACGCUUUACGUUCUUGAAAUGAUAACCAUCUUUUUGUGAACUUACCCUCUUCCUAUUGUCUUUGCGUCUACAGCUUUUCCUAAUUGCUAGUGUUGUGAUGAGUUAUCUCUUCCCUCUAAUGAAAAUGCCAAACUCAUCGUCAAAUCAUCCCCAAUUAUAUCAUGUUCUAUCAUUAACACAUUAUAUUAAUCAUUUGGUGUGUAUUUAAGCAUAAAAAGAUUUUAAACAUGAUAAAAUUCAAGGGAGCGCUAAAUUUUAUGCAAGUAUAAAUGCAUAAUAUACAAGCUAAUGUGACAGUUGAUCACCAUUUUAAAUUUAAUUGAGAUUUCUUGUUCAUUGUCUAUUUAUGGAUUCCAUUGUUUAACUUUGUUGUAUUUUGACAUAAGCAACAUUCCCUUGUUCAUCUACACACAAAAGCAAUAUAUAUAAAAAAGUUUUUGAUAGAUUCUAAUAUUUUGAACGCUUAACGAGAAAAUAAUCAAAUGUCCCUCUAAUCUAUUACCGAAUUUUCAACAAUAUCGAUAAAGAGUUGAUUUUUAAAAAUUCUUAAUUCCAUACAGAAAUUAGGGUCAAGAGGAAUACAAAAAUUCUAUCAGUGGUGGCAAAGACAUAAAAAUGACGGAUGAUGGACAGAUCUGACCACAAAGAAGAAGGAAGAGAUUUCUAUGAAGAAAAAAGAAAAGAAUAAGGAAAAAUAAUAAUAAAAUAUAUAUAUACAUACACAAAAAAAUGUUUUACGUUCACUUUCUCAGGAAGAGUGAAAUACACUCACUUCGCCAGCAUUUAGGGAGAUGAUAAUUUCAAUUUUAAAGAAUUCAAGGCAGUUAUAAACCCUCAUAAAAUUUAAAUGUGUAGUUGAAAAUUCGAUAAUAAAUUGGGGGGGCAUUUGACCAAUUUUCUCAACCCUUACCAUCACAUAAGGUUACAACAGGUUUUUCCAUUUAUCUUUUUUUUUUAGCAUUUAACCAUCUUUUGAUGCUAUUCCCCUUUAGGGGUACCACGUUAAAAUUGAAAUAACAAGAUAUCAUGUGAGAGCUAAUAAAACAAAUGGUGGACAACUAUAAAUUAAAUAACAAAGUAUAUUGCAAAUCUAUUUAGUUAGUACUCAACAAUUCUUUUUAUUUUUGGUCAGGUCCUCAUUCUAUGCCUUAUAUAAUCUUUGAUUGUAAACUUGUAAUAUAUAGAGUGGAACACCUAUGCUAAUUAGUGGGGCACAACCUCAGGUGCUAUUCUACACUUUCCAACACAUUGGCAAAGUCCAUAUACCUAUGCUUUUAGCGCUGCCAAAUAGGCUCUUAGAUUUAGCUUCUUCAAUGAGAAAACAUGAAAAAGUUAUAUUACUUAACUCUAGUUUUUUUUCACAAUAAGAAAGUGGUAACAGAAACAAGGCUCUACAAGCUCUCAUGAGUAACACAGACCAUGCAAAACAGCAAUCCAGAAGCAGAUAUACCGCAUUAUGUAAAAGUGAUCUCUUACAAAAUCAAAACUGGCUACUGCACAUCAACUAGACAGGAUGCAAAAAUGUUGUCUCGAAACUGUAAGGAGUAAGAAAAACACAGAUAUGUCCAUGAAAAUGUAUCAUACAUAUGACCGAGCAAGCUAUAUUGUUGCCCUUCUGCUUUGAGGCCAAAUGACUGUUGACACUGAAAAUGGCAUGAUCAAAAUGUACAAUCUUUUCUCAUACUUGCUAAAUAAGAGAUCAUCUUGACAACCAUCUGAGGCAAGACACUAUCUGUAAAUGCAACCAGUGAACAUCUUUGUACUUUGUAGAAUUCACCAACAAUUAGUAACCAACAGAGUUUAAUAUGACAAAUGAAAGAAACAAUUCCAUUGACAAAACAGUGAUUAAGGUAUCCCAUCAAUUAGUUAAAAAGAUACUGAUGCAAUUGAACAAAAAACUCGUAGUGUUAUCUGAACAACUUGGUUGAGAUAGAAUCAAGAAUCACAAUUGGUUUUCAUGUCCCCUUCACCUUCAAUCAUUCUCAGUGGUACUAC